AUGUCAUCCGUGCAGAAAGUUGUUGCCGUGGUGGGUAUUCGCAUUAGCGCAAAUAAUAUCGAAGAUGAAAUCAGCUUCCUAGAGCGAGGCAACCCUGGCAUCCUGUCCUGCCCUCUCGUCGGUUCCGGACAAAUCCCACUGGAUCAGAUCGAAGUCAUGUACUGGUACUUCCCCAGAAUGAGCGAUGAAAACAUCUUGAUCUCCUACUUCAAAGGGAACGUCGCUCCACAAAACGGCAUCCCGGCGGGCGUGUAUGACAUCAACAGGAACUUCUCUCUGGUUAUUGAGAACGUCACCGACUCAUAUGAAGGGACCUACUACUGCAGGGUCAAACCAAAGUUAAGAAUGCUAUUUGAUGGACAUGUGACUAUGGGUGUCAAAGUAUCUCCCACAGAGCCGUUUCCCGACGUGACUCAAUGCACUCAACGCAUCUCCGAGAGUGCGUGCGAGGCAGAGUUGCCAAACGACAUCGAGAAACCAAGCCUGACCUGCACCGUACGGGAUGCCAAGCCUGCCGUGGCUCUCCGAUGGCUGCUUGAGUACAGUGACGGUGACACACAACUCAUCAGCGACAGGUUCACCGUAAAACCAAGUGAGUUUUCGGUGAACACCUUCACCACUUCAGCAUCAAUCCCAAUUGUAGCGAGUAAUGUGGACACGUUGUACAGAUGCCAAGCAUACGGGGAAGUUCUGGGCGCCAGGAAUGGUAGCCACGUGACGGUGACUGUCACCAAAGCUCACUAUAUCCAUGGAACACCACGUGAGCAUGGAAGUUUAUUGCUUUCCUCUAAUAUUACAGGUUUGUUUGGUUGAACUUCUGCUGUCCCUGCUCUGCACACCUCGACUCAUAGUUUCUACGUAUGUGCACGCUUUGUAGUCCCAUACCAUUCUC